UAUUAUUUUAAAGUAAUUUCGCCUUCCAACAUAAGUGUAUAAAUGUGAUCUGGAUUAAUAAAUUUCAGUUGUUUCUGCACAUAACAAAAGUUAUUUUGCUUCCCUACCAACCAGCAAGACACUAAAAAAAAGGCUAAUAUAUUAGUCAAAUGAGUCAUCUAAGGCUGGCUUGAAACUUCACCCUAACAACUGGUGAGAUAAACAAGCAAGUUUAUCUACUUUACUUGAAAGCACCAUCACAGACGGAAAAUCGAAACCUGAUUGGUUAUUUCAGUGAUUGCUAGAGUGACCUUUAAAGUCAGUUUCCUCUGAUGACCGACGUGUCAUUGUGAUCUAUUUUUUCAUGAGAAUGGUCAUGGCUUGUUUGACUUAAUGAUAAUAUUUUUGGUUACCACUAUUCGAAUUAACAUCACCGACCACUUCAACAAACAUGAAAUGUUGUUUCAAGGUUCUCAUACUUUUGAUAUCAUAGAUCAUGCCAUCAGCAGAUUUUAUUCGCUGAAAUAACUGCUUUACCGAAUUUUAUUUCAUGUUAACUGGAUUCACUUUCUCUAUCUUCGCAUGGAUGGAACAAAAUAUGGCAGUUUACAAAUUAAAAUGAAUUCUUGUAAAAAGCAAAAGCAACAAAAUGACACAGCUAAACAGACAGACACUAGCAAUGAUCUCUACAAAAAACUUCGCUCUUCCGGUACUGUUACUCCAAGUGUGUCCGUGACUUUUGUGCGAAAGAUAAUUACUACAGUUGUCCUCUUGGGAUCAUCUUUGUUUUUGUUUAUUUUGUCUUCACUGGACAACUAUUAUGGAUCGUUGGUGUGUAUGGCUUUUGCAUUAGCUUGCUUAGGUUUUCACUGCAGUGGUGUUCUCUUGAAUCCUCAGGAUAUGGCUCCAAAUCAUGGUGGUCAGUUAUACGGAAUAAUGGCUACUGUGGGUACAUUUCCAGGAUUUGCGGGUGUUUAUAUGGUUGGUUAUUUAUUAGAAACUACAAAUCAAUGGUCAGUUAUAUUUACGCUCACUGGUGUCAUCAGUAUAUUUGGUUGGAUAGGAUACAUUUUAUAUGGUUCAUCGGAAGUUCUUUUGUGA